UCCAGCACAAAGGCCACAAAACGAAAAUCCGACUCUUCUUCUCGACCAGAAGAACCAAAAAAACAAAAAACAGUUAAUGGCUACCAAUGCCCUAUUUGUCAAUGGGGUUUUCAAAAAAAAUAUAAUUUAGAUACUCACAUCAAAACACAUGACAAAAACAGGGUAAAAGGCUUCAGUUGUACUGAUUGCAGUAUGUCGUUUGCGAGAAAAUCCCAUUUAGCAAGACAUACAACAACAGUACACGAGAAAACAAAAUGUCACGUCUGCCUUCAUUGUGGAAAUCGAUAUACCCGGGCCAACAAUCUGCGAAAGCAUGUC